AAUUCAGUUGCAAUUACUAUAAUUAGUACUAACUACUACUGUCACACUGUGACUGUCAGGGAAUUAAAAUUUUCAGUUGGGAGUUGAGUGAAUGCAAAAAGAGUUUAGUUGUUCCUUGAUAAUGAAAGCAAUCCACUCAUUAGGAAUGAAUAAAUUUCCAUACCAGGUUUUGUUACAGAACCUAUACAUGUGUUUCAAACUUUUGUAGUUUUUUUAGUACUGGAAUAUAGUCUAUAGCUGCUGCAACUAAGAUGGCUGCUAACAAAGGACCUCAAAUUAUUGAUUUAUCAAAGUUAAACUUAGAACAGCUUACUGCCUUGAAAAACCAGCAAGACCAGGAGCUGCAAUUCUUCAAUGAAUCACUGCAACAACUAAAAAUGGCCCAAUUGAAAUUUAGUGAAUCAGGAACUUGUGUAGAGAAGCUGACUCCUGAUAAAGCUGGUGCUGAAAUUUUAGUGCCUCUCACCAGCUGCAUGUAUGUGCCUGGCAAGAUUGCUGAUGUAAACAAACUGUUGAUCAAUGUUGGAACUGGUUACUAUGUUGAAAAGGAUUCAGCAGGGGCGUGCUCAUAUUUUCAACGGAAAGUGAAGUUUGUUACGGAACAGAUGGAAAAAAUACAAAAAAUUGCUGCUGAGAAAACCAAGCUAAGAGAAAUUGUGAUGGACAUCAUGGAAGUGAAGGUGAAUGAACAACUGAGUAUGCUUCAGCAACAGAAGGCAGCCGCCGGCGCUGCUAAAGCUUGAUAUCUGCCUCUAGUUACCGGGAUAACUCGUUUUUCCCUGUUGUUUCUCAUUUAAGUCUUCGUAUAUUUUUCUUGAAUCGUGAAUGUGCCACUUUACUACUACAUCUUACUUCUACUGUUUCACUAUUCCGUGGAACCUAAUCUCUGUAUUUUGUUCGCAAGCAGUUGAUAUGUUAUUGUCUUGCAAACUCCGGGUCGAUAAAAACCUGCUGCUUUCUUACUCUUUAACUUUUAUCUCUGCUCAAUAUUGCUUAUCCAGAUUUCUUUCAAGUGCUUCAUUUAACGUGACACCGCAAGAAGAUUAGGUUACUCUCCUUUAAUGGAGUUUGUUUGACACUAAUACUUGUGUGACUUAUAAUUUGAGGAUCAAAUUCUUACUAAAGAGAUGGCAAUGAGCAUCGUGUGCAGGUUAUAUUUUCCAAUUAUACUAAAACUAGGCAGACUGACGAUUUAACUGCGGCCUAGUCUAUAGUUUUUUCGUACUGAUUUUUCGUACUUUUCACUUAUUUUUAUAGUUCUUAUUAUAUUUCUGUUACAAUGGCUAAACUUAUAUUUAUCGGUGAUGGUUGUUGCCCAUAAGAACCGUUCUAGAGUUCAUGGUUGAGACAACUGCAUCAAGCUUGCCACCAAUACUCAGUUGUUGAGGCUGUAAUAUCAAAACUUGCUUCUUAAGUACACAUAGUGGCCGAUUACCGGUAUCUGAUUGGUUGAUUUAGCGUGAAAAGCUGUCCACUGUUUGUCUGUCGGAAGUACGAACUGAAAUAUUUUUUAUCUAGCACAAUCCUUGAUUAAGUACCGAACCAACAUGGACUCCUCAUAUUUGUUCCCUAGAGACUCGACGAUCCAAUCUCAACUAUCUGAAUUUCAAGCUAACUAAUAAACACGGUAAAGUUGA